AUGCCUAACCCAGUCAACGCCAUCCUUGUCGUUAUCGUCACCAUCUUCAUCCCCCCUGUCGGUGUCUUUCUCAUCGCCGGAUGCGGCGCCGACCUCCUCAUCAACAUCUGCCUCACCUGUCUCGGCUACUUCCCAGGCCACAUCCACGCGUUCUACCUUGAAUACGUAUACUUCAACCGCCGCGACCAAGUCCGUCUCGGCAACACUGUGCUGAAGCACGCCCCGGGAGUCUACUCCGAGAAUAUCCAGAACGGGGGACACACUUCUUAUGGGACUGUGCAGGCUUAG